UAAACUUAAUUAUUAUAAUCAAACAUUAAAUUAUGCUUAAAAAUGGCUUAACAAAAACGCAAUUUUUUGCUCUUUGCCAUCUAAAAUAGGAAUAUCUCCCACCAAAGAAGCUCCAUAAAGUGCAGAAAACUAUGGCACGAGAAGGUUGAUUUCCAAGCUUUCUUGUUUUCCUUUUUUCUGAUACAAUCUUGAAAGAAGAACCAGAAGUUUCAAGAAAGAAAAAAUGAGACUUGGAUUUGCUUCUUGGAGCUUCAUCCUAUGCACCCUAGUCAUCUUUUUGAUUCUGCAAGAGGGUGGAGCUAGAAAGGUAACCAAAACAUCUAGCAGAGAAAUUGAACUGAAGGAAGCAUCGUAUAAUUUGCAGAAUUUUGCAACAGAGGGUCUUGUACUUGACAGCAUCAUUCAGCUUGAAGGCGCUGGUAUAAACUUGAAGAAGAAGAAGAAGAAGAUGAAGAAGCAUGUCCAUGAUGAGGACCAUGAUGAAGACGAUGAUGAUGAUGAUGACAAGGCUAAAGGGAAGAAACGAAAGGGAGAUGAUAAAGGAAAAGACAAGAAGAAGGAGAAGAAACAUAAAAGCGAAAAGAUUAUUGAAAGCUACAAGACAUCUCAUGAUGAUCACAAACACAUGGACCCUGAAUUGAAUGUGUUUUUCACCCCAAAUGAUUUAAGGGUUGGGAAAAUCAUGCCCAUCUACUUCUCCAAGAAAAACUCUUCAAAUUCUCCAAAAUUUUUGACCAGAGAAGAAGCUGAAAACGUUCCCUUCUCAUCAAAACACCUACCAUACCUUCUGAAAUUCUUCUCCAUCCCAAAACACUCACCCCAGGCCAAGGCCAUGAAAUACACACUCAAACAAUGCGAAUUUGAAAACAUGGAAGGAGAAACCAAGUUCUGUGCCACAUCCCUGGAAUCCCUGUUUGAUUUCGCGCACUAUCUGUUUGGGAGCGACGCACAGUUCAAAGUUCUGACCACUGUUCAUCUCACAAACUCAACAACUCUACUACAGAACUAUAGCAUAUCAGAAGUGAAAGUGAUUUCGGUUCCAAACGUUAUAGGGUGUCACCCUAUGCCUUACCCUUAUGCAGUUUUUUACUGCCACAGUCAGCAGAGUGACACGAAGCUCUACGAGGUGUUGGUGGAGGGUGAAAAUGGAGGAAGAGUUCAAGCUGCAGCUAUUUGCCACAUGGACACAUCGAAGUGGGACCGAGACCACGUGUCCUUUCGUGUGCUCAAAGUAGAGCCUGGAACCUCCCCUGUUUGCCAUUUCUUCCCUUCUGAUAAUCUUGUCUGGGUACCUUUAUCUGUGGCUCCAUAACUACUUUUCUGUUUCUGUGUACCAAACUGUGCCAUGAAUAAUAUUAGCUCUAAACGUGGUUGUACUAGGAAAACGUACGCAUCUUGAUGAAAAACUAUGUAUCUAUGUUAAUAAGGAUGUCUUUAUGGUGUUCUUUGGAAUAGAACGUUAAUGUAAUGUUUAUCUUCUGCA